AUGAUCUGGGGUGGCUACUGCUAUGGUCCGCUGGACCCUGUCUCCAAUAUCAUUGUCAACACCAUCUGGUGCGAGCAAAACUUCCCGCCAAGCAAACAAUUUCCGUUAACCAUGAUCAGCACCAAGUUGAUGUGGCGGGUUGCGGCGCAGUCACUCUAUGGCCUCGUGUCCUUCCUGUGCACUCGAUACCGAGGCCUCACUCCCGACCUAGCCAUGCAACGCCUGCUGGUGGCCGGGGCCGACUUGCAAGCUGCUGAUCCCAGACUUUCUACUACGCCCAGUGCUACCGGUGAAACACGUCUAAGCUUUUCUGGCUGUGGUCAAGUUCUCAACAUUCCUGACCCUUCUCAUAUUCAGCGCUCUGCGGUUGAAGAAAGCGUCCCGUCUGCUGGUGUUCCUGAAGCGUAUACGGCCGCGGCCACCGCGGCACGUCACUGCUACCCUCUUGCACACAAAGAGUUCCUUGCAUCACUGAGUGGGGUGAAUAAACCCGCCGAGUUUGACUCAGAGGUGUCAGUGGAUGGUGUGAGCGAGUCUAUCUCAAAAGUGUUGCACAUGCGGGAUGGUGUCCCACUAUCCUCUCAGGAUCUUAGUUUACUUUGCAAGAUAUUAGAUAGGUAUCCCUCCUCUGCUCGCCAGCAACGGGAUCUAGCCCCUACGAAGGUCAACAAGGGAUUCUACUAUCACGUAGGUAUAUGCAGCAGUAGGUUCUGGGGUCAGCAUAACCGAGUCACCAGCAUGGCGACAAAUGCAUUGGAGAAAUUUAACAAUAUAGCUGCGGAGGGUCACCUGUUUGAACUUCAUAUCAUCUGUGGUGUUAAUGAGUUCGUAUCUGGUCCGGUGCCCAGCGAGGGUGAGGAUGUUCGAGACUACAACCCAUGGACUUUUGGAAAAUAUUAUCACACCCAUAUCAAUUUUCUGGCAAUGUGCAAAGCCCGCCCAUAUGAUCCUCCAACGCUCUUCUUUGCUGAAUGUGGAAAACAUGAUGCUGACAUGUUGGUGUGUCCCCGUGAUUCCGCAGAAACCAGAAGCUAAACAAGUCCGUUGCAUUUACUGUGAGUAUGAAGGAAACAGAAUUGUUCAUCCAGCCGUGGAGAGUUUCUUCGGGCGCAAUGACUUUGAGAAGUUUUAUGAAUCGGGCACAUCUUAUACCAAUGAUAAGCUCAUUGAAGAUCAUGAAAUUGAUGUAGAUUGGGUGCAUGGUGUGGAGGAGGAUGCCAUAUACCACCUCUGCUACCCUGAUCCUGAUGAUAUUGAUGAUGAAGAACUAUCUAUUUGUUGAGUGUAGAAAGGGGGGUGGCAAAAGUGGCAUGGCAUCUUGUCAUGAUACUUUUCUUUCUUGUGAUGAUUGUUACAAUGUAGUUCAAAUAGACUAUCAUCCUCUUAUUUUUUAUACUUAAAUAAGGUCAUCAUACACUGUUGAACCUUAAAGAUGGUGGUCGGCGUCCUCUAAUCACAUGAAACUCUAAAUGCCCCUGUUUGUCAUAAUUUGUCGUCCUUCUUUGGUCACAAGCUAUGGAAAUUAACAUGAUCGAGUGUACGCUGAAUGCUCGGACUGUUUUUGAUCGCCUAUAAUCAUCUAAAUACCAUCCUAACAGUACCUGUGUGCUCUAGUCAAUGCUUUCUUUACGCUUAAAUAAAGGUAUCCAUGGUUUUGAUCCAUAGCUCACUGCAAUGUCAUCACUGUACAUGCAGUUGCAAUUGUUUCACCUAAUCUGUGUAUCUUAUAAAGAAUUUGCAUUAAAUCUAUACAUUGUUUACUGUAGCGUUUACUGGAGAUCUGUUCACAUUAGUAGAAUAAUGGAAUAUCUUGAUUUGAAACAUUUUGUGGACACUGCUCACUUUGCUAUAUCUUUUGCUGUUGCACUUCGAGAAAACACCAGAUCUCUGUUUUAAAUAGCGACCGACCAUGAUGGCCUUGUAUUCUUUUCUUUAAGAUGUUUAUUUACAUAGUGUCAAAUGCCAUGAUUUAGCGGUUUAGCGGGCCUUCAAACAAUAUAAAGUCUUCACUGCAGACCGAAAAAUGUUCUUUUUGGUAGCUCCUACUAAUGGAAGUAGUAAUAAGAGUACUAAUGCUUGGUGAGCAAUUAUGAUGGGUUGGGCCAUGUUAUUUCUACUGGGAGUCACAAAAUUGUCAUGCGCAAAGAACUGAAUUGUAGUUUAUAAUAGAAAUUGGUUUCUGUAAAUUGGAAUGUUGUUAGUUAUAACACUACUAGAACCUUGCUAGUAUUACAUUUUGUGGAAUAAGAUAAAAUAGUUAUACAUGAUGCAAGUUCAAUUUAUUGUGCUUUCCCUUCUGCUGUUUUAGUAACAUAGCACUUGGUUGCUUAGACCCCAUUGAUCUUUGAUAAGUACUACCCCCUCCGGUCCUAAAUAUUUGUCAUUCUAGAGAUUUCAACAAGUGACUACAUACGGAGCAAAAUGAGUGAAUCUACACUCUAAAAUAUGUCUAUAUACAUCCGUAUGUGGUAGUCCAUUUGAAAUCUCUAAAAAGACAAAUAUUUAGGAACGGAGGGAGUACAAAUUAGUUGUGAUCCAGUUUAAUGAAGUAUGUUCUCAUAUGAAACAAUAUGUGCUUUUUUGUA